GCAAUGCUGUUCACCCAGGCUGUUGAUACGUGAUAUCGAAUCUGAAUCUAAGACCUUGAACCAGGAUGAGUGGGAAAAGCAAAGCGGACAAAUUGCAAGCUCUUCGUGCAGUGAGAGCCGGAGGGUCUCGGCUGAAGCAAUGGCAGCCCGAGGAUGCCGAUCUAUAUGAUGAAGUCAGCGAGGAGCAAUACAAGAAUAUCGUCGGAGAACGCUUAGCCAGGGAUGACUUCGUCGAAGACGAUGAAGGCUACGGUUACGCAGAUAACGGAAUGGACGUGUGGGAGAACGGUCGGAAUGAAAGCGAAGAAGAGUCGGAAGAGGAGGAUGACGGUUCGUCGAAACGGACGAGCAAAAAGAAACCGACACGCACAGCCAAACCGAAACCCCCACCACCUUCAAAACCCUCUGCUUACCGUCCACAAGUUACGGAAGACUCGGAGAAUGACUUUAUGGCCAACCUUCUCGGCACGGUCGAUUCCUCUUCCCAACACAUCGCUUCAUCAUCACCAGUUCAAAGUGGACUCCGAAGGAAGAGAAAGACUUCGCCCGGCGAUGCGUAUGACAGCGGGUCAUUGACGAACCCAUCGUCUGAUGGCUUCGAGCUACCUAGUGACGGGCCUCUUUUCAGGGGCAGAUCUAUUGGAGAUAGUCAGGAGGGACGAGAUAUCGGUCUCUGGGAGAUGCGGACAAGCGAUAGCGCGAAGAAGCCUCGUCUCAAUGUCAAGGCCGAAGAUGUCGAGACCCCUAGGAAUGCUCGGAAAGGGGUAUCGUUCGCAAACGACAUGGACAUGGACGAUGUCUUCGAUGCUGGGGUAAACGGGGUCGUCAAGGCCGAAGAGAAUGGCGAUGAUGACGAUGACGACGACGAGGACUUUUUGGUUCGUUCUGAUCGAGCCAUUGCGGCCAAGGCGAAUCAGAGCAAAGCUAGGGAUAGGCUCAUGGCCGCCAUCGGAGCCAACAAGACCGGCGAUGCUACUCCAAAGGCCGCUCCCACAAAGACCAGACGGGCCAUGGUGAACGGGUCUGCCAUGUCGACAAAGGUGGAGGUAGAGAAACAAGCUCGAAUCAAGGCAGAACUUCUCGCGGCGGAGACCCAAGCAGAAAGCGUUCCAGCAGCAAAGCCAGCUGGUUCGGCUUCUAAAGGAGUAGCCGAGAGACAGAACUGGCUGCGUCUCCAAGAAACGCUCAAUACGGGGUCAUUGAACGAUGAUUCCCUCGGAUCACCCUUCACGGUUACCGCUGCUGCCCAGAAGAAGUACAUUCCCAGUCUGCGUGUGAACGCUUUCGAGCCAUUAGACACCGAAGAUUCGUCUGGAAUGGAUACUGCCAGCGACGGCGAGCAUUCUGACAGCUCAAUCAAGGCAAGACAGGAGCGCCGCAGCAAACGCAAGUCUGGAAUCCAGGAAGAUGCCGAGACGGAAAGAAGGCUGCGAUUCUACUGGCUCGACUAUCUCGAGCAAGAUGGUGUGGUACACCUUCUGGGAAAGGUAUUCGACCGGAGCAUGGAAAAGUACGUCAGCUGUUGCGUCACCGUUACCGGAAUACAGAGAAAUCUCUUCAUCUUGCCUCGCGAGCGAAGACUAGACGAAGAGUUCGAAACGGAUCAAGAGGUCUCGGUUAUGGACGUUCACCGAGAAUUCGAUACUCUACGAAGGAAGCAUGGUGUUGAAGGCGGGUUCGGGAUGAAAAAGGUCAUCCGGAAGUACGCUUUCGAACAACCGAAUGUACCACGGGGCGAAGCCGACUGGUACAAGGUGGUCUAUGGCUUUGAUCAACCACAGUUACCGGGUGACCUGAGCGGAGCCACAUUCAGCAAGGUCUUCGGUACAAACACUAGUGCCUUUGAGAUGUUGGUCAUCAAGCGAAAAAUCAUGGGUCCCUGUUGGCUGGAUAUCCAAGGUUGUCUGCCUGUUACCCAAAAACCCGCAACCUGGUGUCGACUAGAAGUUCGCGUCAAGGACCCCAAGAAUGUGAACAUUUUCCUAGAUUCAGACGAAUCUGCACCCAAAGAAAUUCCACCUUUGACUGUGAUGAGCAUCAAUGCCCGGACUAUCAUUAACCACAGCAUGAACACGCAAGAGCUGCUAGCUAUCAGCACGGCUGUAUGGGAAGAUUACAAUAUCGAUGAUCCCACUCCUGUCGAGAAACUUCGGCAUGUACCGCAGACUGUCAUGCGACCUCUGGGAGAGAAAUUCCCGCCGUACUUCGAAGCAAGAGCCCCUAAGCAGCAGAUCAAGACCGUCAGAUCAGAGAGGGAGGUCCUUAACCUCACUCUUGUCCAGAUCCAAAGAGCGGAUCCAGAUGUCAUCGUCGGGCACGACUUUUUGGGUACGACCCUUGAGGUCUUGCUCACCAGGAUGAAGGAACUCAAGGCGGACCACUGGUCGCGCAUCGGUCGAAUCAGGCGGACGCAACUGCGGGUCGGUAAACAGGCUUUCGGGAACGCCAAAUUUCUGGCGGGACGUCUUGUUGCCGACUUGUCGGGUGAUGGUGCCAAGGGAAUGAUCGACUCCGUGACGUGGUCAUUAACGGAAAUGUGCAGCACCCAGCUCGGCUUUGUGCGGGAAGACAUCGAUCCGGAAGACACGGCAGGAUACUUCGACGGCUAUGCAGUGUCUCCGGACCGACUUUUGCAUUUCAUCAGGCACAUGCAGAUGGAUGCGUUUGCGCAGAUGGCCAUUGCAGCAAAGGUGCAGCUGCUACCACUGACGAAGCAGUUGACCAACCUGGCCGGUAACUCUUGGAACCGAACGAUGACUGGAGCGCGAGCAGAGCGCAACGAGUACAUUUUGCUGCACGAAUUCCACCGCUUGAAGUACAUCUGCCCCGACAAAGGAGAGGGGAAACCAUCCUCCAGGGCAGCCAAGAAGCCGACCUUUGACGCCGAGGGCAACAUCAUAGCCGAGCCGAAGAAGAAUAAAUACCAGGGAGGACUAGUUUUUGAGCCCAAACGAGGACUAUGGGAUACCUAUGUCAUGGUCAUGGACUUCAAUUCGCUAUACCCCAGUAUCAUCCAAGAGUACAAUAUCGACUUCACCACGGUCGACCGAGAUCCGAACGCGGAUGAGGAUACAAUCCCCGAUGUACCCUCAGCAGAAGUUGGUCAGGGCGUCUUGCCCCGUUUGAUCGCGACUCUUGUCGGUCGACGGAAAACGGUCAAGAGUCUUAUGAAAGACACUUCAACUUCCCAGAUCAAGAUGAUGCAGUAUGACAUCAAGCAAAAGGCUCUGAAAUUGACGGCCAACUCGAUGUACGGAUGUCUUGGUUUCGCUGGCUCUCGGUUCUAUGCGAGACCGCUGGCCGCAUUGACGACGUUCAAAGGUCGUGAGACCCUCACGCAGACAAAAGAAGUAGCGGAAGGCAUCGGUCUCGACGUCGUUUACGGAGACACCGAUUCCGUUUUCGUGAACUCGAACGUGACCACAUACCCUGAAGCGCUCAAGAUCGCCAACGAAUUCAAGCGCAACGUCAACGACCGAUACAAAUUGCUCGAAAUCGACUUGGAUGCGGUAUUCUCUCGAGUUCUAUUGCUGCAGAAGAAAAAAUACGCGGCAGUCAAGGUGUCAGAGAACGGCACCUCCAAAACCGAGAUCAAGGGUUUGGACAUGGUCCGUCGAGAGUAUUGCAAGCUGUCAAAGACGGUCUCUGGCCGCGUACUGGACGAAGUCCUUUCUGGGAAGGCGACGGAGGAUGCCAUUACGGAGAUCCACGAAUACCUCACUACCGUUGGUAACGACCUGAGAGACGGCAAGAUUGAUCUAGAUGACUUGAUCGUUUUCAAGCGUCUGAGCAAAAAUCCCGAAGACUAUACGGAUAAGAAAUCCCAACCUCACGUACAAGUUGCUCUCAGGAUGAAACAAAAGGGGCAAGCAGCUAAAGCGGGAGAAGUCAUCCCUUACGUUUUCUGUCUCGGUGCUGACGGGAAGAGCGCCAAGAGUGCCCAAGCGGAUCACGCGUUUCAUCCAGAUGAAUUCCGCCGGAAAGACUCUGAGCUCAAGAUCGACUUCGAUUUCUAUCUGUCUCAGCAGGUAUUGCCUCCUAUCGAGCGUUUGUGCGAAGAAAUCGAAGGCACCGACCGUUCACGAUUGGCGGAAUGUCUAGGACUCGACCCUGCUCGUUACCAGAAGACGGCAAUCCUCUCGACGCACGACAAGGAAUUCUUCACCUUCCAAUCUCAGAUCUCGGACAAGGAACGUUUCCGAGAUUGUGAGAGGCUUGUCCUGCAUUGCCGAAAUUGCAACAGCGAUAUCCGGAUGUUCAGUAUCGCCGAAGACAUCGAGGAGAUGUCCUCCAUACAUAACGAAGGCGUCAAGUGCUUCGAGUGCGGAAGGGUUCAAUCGGCUGCAGGAAUGGCUAUCCAGGUCGAAAACCACAUCCGCGAACAUAUCAACAAGUACUACGAGAACACUCUGGUAUGCUCCGACUGCGAAACCAGGACGAGGAUGAUGAGCGUCUAUGGUCGUCGUUGUGUUUCCAAGGUCGGCUGUCGAGGAGAGAUGCGACCAGAGUAUUCGGACUCGCAACUUUACAACCAGAUGCUUUAUCUCGCUUCUCUCUUUGACGUGGACAAAGCGAUCGAAGCCAGCGUAGGCAUGGCACGAGCGGAGGAAAUCAACGCCCUUGUCAUGCACAACCGGGAGACCUUUUCCGAGAUAAAGGCCAUGAUCGAUUCGUACCUCAACAAGAACGGCAGGCGCUACGUCAGCAUGGAUUCGUUGUUCGGCUUCAUGUCCAGGAUGGCAUUGUGAGCGACCUGAACUGUAUAUCAUUGAAGCUGCUUUGUAUGCCUGGUUCUGUAUCGGCAUUUGUAUCGUUCCUUCCAAUAAUGUGUAUCUUGCAUAUCUUGCUGCUGUUCGGUCAUCGAUGAUCAGCAGCCAUCGAA